AUGGGGUUCAGAGCUAAGAUGGAUGGAUACAUAAACACGGGGCACUCGUAUCUUCUUGGAGGUGUUCUAGAGGAAGUUCACAUUCAUUCCAUGAUUGGAAAAAUCUAGUUCAUCUUCCUGGUAUUUCCAAUGCUUGUCCUGGAUGUAGCAGCUGAAGAUAUCUAGAAUGAUGAGCAGUCUGGCUACAUCUGUAACACAAAACAAUCAGGUUGCAAAAAUGUGUGCCAUAAACAGGCCUUUCCUAGCUCCCUCAGCAGAUACUGGGUUCUGUGGUUUGUAGUUAUGUCUUUACCAUCUCUAGUCUAUAUGAGCCAUCCUUUUAUACCAAUCAUGAGUUCCAGAGAAAGAGGGGCAGCGAUGUAAAUUCAAUUAAGAAGAGAAUUGGAUGGGCUUGAGUCUGAAAUGCCUGUGGAUCAAAGGAGACUGGAAGAGCUUUGUCAGUUGGAACAAAGGAAACUAAAUAAAGCUCCAUUCAGAAGAGCCUUUCCUUGCACUUACGUGUUACACAUUUUCACUUGCUCUAUGGUUAAGUUCGCAGUGAUCGGACAAAGGCAGCCUCUAUUUAAAUGUCAUAGCCAGGCAUGGUAA